UUCAGGUGCACUGAUACUUUUCCUUUUUUCGAUACUUACAUCGACAGCUGUGCCAGGGCAGCAGCAAGCAAAUCAGACCACCUGUCAGCCAUCAAGCUUGGGGAGGGCUCAGCUACAGCGAACACAUUCCUGUUGACCAGAGACACACUUUAAAAUGAGAUGGAAGGGCAUAGCACACCAUAGUUCUUUGCUAAGGGACAUAUCUGACAGUGGGGGUAGAGAUUGUCAUUUUCCAGGGUGACUCUUUCCAGGAAGUAAUCACCACUUUGGAUGGAUACUCUCAUAAAUGUUAUUAACUCCAAGGCUGAGAAACAUCUGAUUUAUGAAGGUAUAAUGUAGGUUACAGUGCUGCCUACAACUUCUGGCCCUUAAAUUCUGAAUUUAUUUUGAAGAAGGAAGUGUAUACCUCCCUGAAGAGGGACUGAGAACAACAGCAGGACUUUCAAUACAGACUCCAGUAUGACUAGCCCACUGAGUGGACUUUCAGACAUCAAAACAGACUUUCCCUUUUCCCCCUGGCGGAUCUUUGCGGUGACUCUGGGGCAAGUCUUCAUGGUGCUACUUGUGUCCAUACAGCUUCUGCAAGAAAAAUUGAUGUCAACGUUGGAAUCAUCUAAUUCUGCUGAUCCUCACUUCUUAGUAACUCUGAGAAAAGGAGCUUCUCCAAACAAUUGGGAGCAGACUGCACCAUCCAAUCUUGGAGCUCAAAGUGCUUCUUCAUUGUCCUCCACAGACCCCAGUACAGCACUGUCCACUCCUGGAGCUCAAAGCACUCCUUCACUGCCCACAACAGGCUCGGGUACAGAUUGUUCCUGCUCUCCCUGCCCAGGGAAUUGGGUUCAGUUCAGCAUGAGUUGUUACCAGUAUUCUGCUGAAAAGGAACCUUGGAAGGAGAGUCAGCAGGCCUGCAAGUCCCAGAACUCCACCCUCUUGCACAUAGAUGGCCUGAGAGAGCUGAAUUUCUUCAAAUUCUUCCAACUUUCUGGAUGGAUUGGACUAUCCCGUACUGGACCUGAUAGUUCUUUGAAGUGGGAAGAUGAAACGACUUAUACCAGAAAUUUAGAUAAAUUGAAGAGUGCCCUACACAAGAGUCUCUCCUUCACCAAAGAAAGAAAGGGUGGAGAUUGUGCAUUAUAUUUAAAUGAAAAAUCAAUAAGUAUGGAAGAUUGUGCAAUCGGGAAACUGCAUAUCUGUGAGCGCCAGGUAGUGUAAUCUCUUUCCCCGGAAUCCAAUGACCCACCACCUCCUGGAGCAUCCUCUGCACAGAGACUUGGUGAAAUAUUCACAGACUCCUCAUCGCUUCAGUCUUCAGACACUAUUUCUAGGUGUAUUUUUUCUGUCUUCCUUGUCUGGCAUCACUGAAACCAUCAGCACAGCAGCUACAUGGGACUGAAGGAAGCAGAUUAAGAGAGAGAGAGAGAGAGAGAGAGGCAGAAGCACCACUGACCCCAUCACCUUGGAAUUUUUUUUCAUCCCAUUAGCAUUCCCUCUAUCACUAACUUAAGUUAAAAAAAAAAAAACACUGUAAAGAAAUGAAUUUCCCAAUGGUGGAUUACUAAACUCUUUGCCAUUUUAAUAAAUUAUCCCUCUAGACUGUAA